AUAAUAUUUUUGUGUAAAGAACAUAGCUAUUCCCAUCCUCAAUUAUUAUGUCUACAAUAAUUUCAUUCCAAGCAAUCACAAUUAAUUUUCUGGUUGGAAGUUGGAACUCUGGACAGGCCUCAUUUUUUGCAUUGUUUCUUUAUGCAUUUCAACCCUUUUAGUGAUUGUCCAGUCCUUCACCCCCUCUCCUAUAUGAGUAGCCUUGGAGCCUAUCAAUUUUUCUGCAACUAGUACUUAAGCUCCAUCCUUCAUCAUCAGUCUUUUCUUUGAUAUUGAAAUUAAGGGAAGAAAAAAAUGUCUUCUAAGCUAGAAAAGUUGGAGACGGAUGUUGAAAUCAAAGCCUCUCCUGUCCAGUUCCACGAAUACUUUACACGCAGACCACACCAUAUAUCCAAUGUCAGCUCUGACAAAAUUCAGGGUUGUGAUCUCCACGAAGGUGACUGGGGAAACGUCGGUUCUGUCAUCUACUGGAAUUAUGUUCAUGAUGGGAAACCUAGAGUUUGCAAGGAGUUGAUUGAAGCCAUAGACGACGAAACGAACUCGAUAACUUUGAAAAUAAUCGAAGGAGAUCUUCUGGAGCAUUACAAGAGUUUCAAGGCCACCAUUCAAGCCAGCCCAAAAGGUGAGGGCAGCUCUGUGCAUUGGACUUUCGAGUAUGAAAAGCUGCACGACGAAGUUUCGGAUCCGCACACAUUGCUGCAGUUGGUAGCUGAGCUCUCCAAAGAUAUUGAUAAUCACCUAAUCACCCAAGCAUAAAAUUGAUUGAACUCGUUCCAAGUUCCAAGUUCCAACGGCUACUAAACUACUGUGUGCCAUCAAGGUUUGCUAUAUGAGUAAUAAAAGAGCUGGAUUAAUUCACAUCUAUGUAUAACGAUUUUUAAUUUUCAUCAUUUGUAAUCAUGCAUGUUUAGUGAUUUGCCUCAGAGCGGUCUAAUCAUGUAUUAUAUAUAUUUGGUAACAAUUAAUAAAGUUGAGAUUUACUACCU